UCUUAUGAUUUUUCGCGCGCACUGAAACAGCUGUCGAAGAAAGGAAAAUUUUUCGUUUUAGGUUGUUUUUGCAACUAGUUCGAAAUAUUUUAACUGUGGAGCUAGAAAAAAAUCAUGAAUACCAAUAGUAAACCUUUUGGAAAUAAAGGCCCAGGUGGUAAAAGUGGUCCUCCACCAGCCAAAAAAAUUAAAGGAAUAGAUGAAAAGAAACCAAUUUAUGAUGAAGAAUUUGGUGAAGAGCCUGAUGAGGCAUUUAUGUUUGCAGAAAUGGAGUCAGAUGAAUUGAUUGGACAGGGACCUGAAGUCAAGCAGACAACAGCAAAAUGGGCAAGACCUUCAGCUCCUGAACUGUCUGAAGAAAACGAUCGCUUGGUUUUCCAACAGCUGGAUAUAGACUAUUACACUGAUAAGGCCAUGAAAGGAAUGCCAGGUGCCCAGUCAGGAACAGUUGCUACAAUGAGAAUAUUUGGAGUGACCCGUCAACAAAAUUCAAUUUGCUGUCAUGUUCAUGGUUUUGCUCCAUACCUCUAUGUUACUGUACCUACCAAUUUCAUGCCUGAACAAUGUCGGCAGUUUCAGGAAGCUCUCAACAAGGCAUUAAUUGCGGAUAGCAGGUCCAAACAGGAAAUUCACGAGUUUGUACUCGCGGUGGAGUUCAUGGAAAGGGAGAGCAUGUAUGGGUACCACGAGAAUAAGAAAUGUCCUUUCCUGAAAAUUACACUCGCCCUUCCUCCUUUUAUCGCCGCUGCGAAACGACUCUUGGAACGCGGAGAGAUUGCGGCUCCUUUUAAUUCCAUGGCCUAUGUGGCCUAUGAAUCCAACAUUGAUUUUGAAAUCAGGUACAUGGUUGAUGCAGAUAUUGUUGGUUGCAAUUGGAUUGAACUACCGCCAGGGAGCUGGCGUUUACGACCUCAUUCUACCGUCAAACCGAUGACAAGAUGCCAAAUCGAAGUGGACGUCGCAUGGAACAAAGUGAUUUCUCAUGCUCCCGAAGGGGAAUGGGCAGAUGUUGCGCCCUUCCGCAUUCUGAGCUUUGAUAUUGAAUGCGCCGGUCGUAAAGGUAUUUUCCCUGAGGCGGACAAGGACAGAGUAAUUCAAAUUGCAAACAUGGUGUCGUUAUAUGGCGAGACGGAGCCGUUUAUUCGGAACAUCAUGACACUAGAUACAUGUGCCCCAAUUAUUGGCAGCCAAGUGAUGUCUUAUAAAUUGGAGGACGAAUUGCUUGAUAAAUGGGCCGAUUUCGUUCGGGAAGUCGAUCCAGAUAUUAUCACUGGAUAUAAUAUCUGUAAUUUUGAUCUGCCGUAUUUACUCAAUCGCGCAAAACACUUGAAGCGUGGCAAAUUUGAUUUCCUUGGACGCAUUAAAGAUAAAAAAUCGGCUAUUAAAGAAACGAUGAUUCAGAGUAAGCAAAUGGGGCGCAGGGAAAACAAAAGCAUCAACAUUGAAGGCCGUGUCCAGUUUGAUCUUCUUCUAGUAUUGCUACGUGAUUACAAACUUCGUUCCUACACUCUCAAUUCGGUCAGCUACCACUUUUUAUGCGAGCAAAAGGAAGACGUCCAUCAUUCAAUUAUCACGGAAUUGCAAGAAGGCAAUCCGCAAACUCGUCGACGACUUGCGGUUUACUGCCUUAAAGAUGCCCAUCUACCACUUCGCCUGCUAGACAAGCUCAUGUGCUUGACUAACUACAUGGAAAUGGCUCGUGUAACAGGCGUACCCCUAUCCUACCUAUUAACUCGUGGCCAACAGAUCAAAGUUGUCUCACAGUUGUUAAGAAAAGCCAAGGAACAGGGCUUAUUGAUGCCCGUCCAUAAAGCAGAGGCGGGAGAGGAAUUUGAAGGUGCGACAGUUAUCGAACCUAUUCGAGGUUACUACAGUCAACCCAUCGCUACAUUGGAUUUUUCUUCGCUGUAUCCUUCCAUUAUGAUGGCCCACAACUUGUGCUAUACUUCCUUGUUGAAUCCGCGUGACAAGGAUAAGCUGAAAGAGGACCAAUAUAUCAAAACACCUGCAGGCAACUACUUUGUAAAGGCCUCCGUGCGGAAAGGACUCUUACCGGAGAUUUUGGAAGCACUGUUGGCGGCCAGGAAAAAAGCCAAGAAGGAUUUGGCUGUGGAGACAGAUCCUCUAAGAAAGAAGGUUCUUGACGGUCGCCAGCUCGCCUUAAAGAUUUCAGCCAACAGUGUUUAUGGUUUCACUGGCGCUCAAGUCGGAAAAUUACCGUGUCUAGAAAUUUCGCAAAGUGUAACAGCGUUCGGCCGAAUGAUGAUUGAGAAAACUAGUACGGAAGUGGAAGCCAAGUUUCGCGUUGAGAAUGGCUAUGCUCAUGAUGCCAAGGUAAUUUACGGUGACACAGAUUCUGUGAUGGUGAAGUUCGGUGUAUCUACGGUAGCAGAAGCGAUGGUUUUAGGUCGGGAAGCAGCCGAAUUUGUAUCGGCUAAGUUCAUCAAGCCCAUUAAUUUGGAAUUCGAAAAAGUUUAUUUCCCCUAUUUAUUAAUCAACAAAAAGAGGUACGCAGGACUGUACUGGACCAAACCUGAACAGUUUGACAAGAUGGAUUGCAAAGGUAUUGAAACAGUUCGACGAGACAACUGUCAGCUAGUCGCUAACCUUAUCAACACCUGUCUUCAGAAAAUCCUGAUGGAUCGAGAUCCAGAUGGAGCCUUGGAGUACGCAAAACAAACAAUUUCGGACUUGCUUUGCAACAAGGUCGACAUUUCACUCCUAGUAAUUACUAAGGAGCUGACCAAGACGGAUAAGGACUACGCUAACAAACAGGCACACGUGGAAUUAGCUCACAAAAUGCGUAAACGAGACGCUGGUACUGCUCCAAAAUUAGGUGAUCGAGUCCCUUACGUCAUUAUUGCCGCCGCGAAAAACACUCCAGCCUAUCUCAAAGCUGAAGAUCCUAUUUAUGUUCUGGAAAACAGCAUACCCAUAGAUGCACAAUACUAUUUAGAAAAUCAACUUUCGAAACCUCUUGUCCGAAUUUUCGAACCAAUCCUUGGAUCCAAAGCGGAAUCUUCGUUAUUACAUGGCGACCAUACUCGAACACGUUCAGUUAUCACCUCAAAAGUAGGUGGGCUGGCGAAGUUUACUUCCCGCAAAUCAACUUGUAUUGGAUGUAAGACUGUCCUUCCAAAUGACAGUGCCGUUUGCAAAUUUUGUAAGCCGAAAGAGUCGGAAUUUUAUCAGAGAGAAGUUGGUCAACUUUACGCUCUUGAAGAAAAAUUCAACCGUCUUUGGACUGAGUGCCAGCGUUGUCAAGGUAGCCUUAACGAGGAGGUUCUCUGUUCAAAUCGGGAUUGCCCCAUCUUUUACAUGCGCAAGAAAGUUCAAAAGGACCUUUGUGAACAAGAAAAACUUAUGAAAAGGUUUGGCCAACCUUAGUUCUCGUCUAAUCUGUCGAAGUCGAAUGUUUUUGGCUGUAAAUUAAAUUCGAAACAAUAAAAUUUAUAAAGAAAACGUU